GGAGAGAGAGAGAAAGGAGAGAGCAAAUAAGAGGGGGGGAGACAGAGCGAUGCUAUUGGUUGACUGUUAUAACAUCAAGCGUGAUAGAAAUAUUUCUCUCGCAGUCUAAGAAAUAGAGGAAGAGACAGACAGAGACAGUAGACUCAGGAAACACGAUAAGGUCUAUUUUCAAAAUCUCUGGAAGAGAUAAAAAGGAAGAAAGGCAAAUAAGGAAGGGGGAGACAAUAGAAAGGUGGACUAAUUAACUUAUGGCUUCUGAGGGCUGUGGAGAUUUUUGCUUAACAACUGGAGUGAUUUCAAAAUCAGAAUAAAUGCGACUCAUCAUGUAGAUGUUCUGCAGGUUUCAAUCCACAAUUGAAUAAUUUACCCUGCACAUCAGCAAAGACAAAUCUAAACCUUUUUGGAGAAAUCUGAGGGAUGCGUCUGAGAGAAAGAUGCAGAGCAGAGAAUUCUGACAUGGUGUCGACACAAAUUGACAGAGACGAGGAAAGAGUGGACUGUUCAGUGGCAGACACGUCUCCAACCAGACACAGGUAUUCUCUGUUCGAUAUUAAGAUCAGUCAAGAUAUUGAUCCAUGCUAACUGAAACUAUCAUCAGUAUUGUACUCUGAUAUUGUGUUUGUAAGUCCUCUUGGUUGUGUGGUAUUGGCAUUUUAAUGUUAAAUAGUUGUUUCAUUUGAAACCCGAUUCCAAUAUUUGCUGCCUCAUUGAUUUAUACUUGUAUUAUUUUAUUGCAAAAUCAAAGUGGCAACCAGUAAUUUGCUUUGUCAGAAUAUAACGUGUCUAAUGUGCAAAGCAAUACCUUGUAUCUUCAGCACAUGAUCAGAUUCAUGUGGAGGUAAAUCAUUUUUCAAAAAUGCAGUAAUAAAAUAAGUAAUAUACCAAGAGACUGUCUUUGUAAAUAAUAACUCACAGCCAAUCUGCAAACUAUGGUUGUUUACAAAUGUGUUAAAUAUAAUUUAGAAAUAUGCGUCAUUAAUGGUGUUCUUGAUUUAGAGCAACAGAUGAACUGAAAGCCAUACGACAAACUACUGAACUAUCACAAGCCAUAACCAUUUUAGACAAUAAUCCUCACUGUUUUUAAAACACAGUGCUGUGCUUAGUAUCGAUAAGAAUCCUGUGCUUCUGGUGUCAGCGUGUUAGUCAGACACUUCGUGGUUUGCGUUACUGUGAGAAAAAAAAAAUGUGUAGGCUUUGUCUAAAGAGAAACUACACGGAGGAGGAGGAGGAGACAGACAUUUUGCCUGUCAGAGACUGAAAAGAGGAGCAUCAGGCCAACGACAGACAACAGAUAUAGAAGUGCUUCCUAAAUCAAAGUGAGAAAGGGGUCGUCCUGCUGUCAGAUAUACAAGAAGAGACAAAGACAGGAUGAGUGGAAGCAGAGAAUCCACAGCUCAAGCUGAUUAUUGAUUGUGACUAAAACUGAGUGCUUCACCUACCUGGACAACACAGACUCGUCAGACUUGCGUCGGCGGGGAAAACAGACAAUAACCUCCAAUAAAAGGAGGGACAGUUGGCAAUAGCCAAUAGAGAGAAAGAGAGUAGGGGGCAAGUUCCCUUUCUCUCUCUCGACCCAUCUCGUCGUCAGGCUGGCUAGCACAGCCAUGGCGUUCACCUUUGCGGCCUUCUGCUACAUGCUCACCUUGGUGCUGUGUGCUGCUCUCAUCUUCUUUGUCAUAUGGCAGAUCAUUGCAUUUGAUGAGCUUCGCACAGACUUCAAAAACCCCAUUGAUCAGAGCAAUCCCACCAGAGCGAGGGAAAGGAUUCUCAACAUUGAAAGAAUCUGCAACCUGCUUCGCAGAUUGGUGGUACCGGAGUACUCCAUCCAUGGGCUCUUCUGCCUGAUGUUCAUGUGUGCUGGAGAGUGGGUCACACUUGGCCUAAAUAUCCCGCUGCUCUUCUACCAUCUGUGGAGGUUUUUGCAUCGGCCAGCUGACGGGUCAGAGGUCAUGUAUGAUCCUGUCAGUGUGAUGAAUGCUGACAUUCUCAAUUAUUGCCAGAAGGAGUCCUGGUGUAAGCUGGGCUUUUAUCUGCUCUCUUUCUUCUAUUAUCUCUACAGUAUGGUCUACGCCUUGGUGAGCUUCUAACAGGCAGAAGAUCUGGAGAAACAAAAGGAAGUAUAUGUAAGAAAGACAGAUGAACAAAUGGAGACAUCAACUCUUCCUCUCUCCAUGUAACCUUCCCAUCACUGGCUUGGGUUUUCAACAAUCUAACCUUGGACAAAACAAGAAGGCCAACCUGAGUGAAAAUGUGAAUGUAAAGGUGUUGCCUCCGCUCGAUUAUAUCACUUUAUCCAAGAUACUGCUGUCGGACGGCUGGACACAUUUUUUGAAGGACUGAAAUCAAACAGAAAGAGGACGCAGCGGGUGUUUGUAUUGCCUUUGACCCAUUAUACGAAUUAACAAUAUAUUUCUGAAGGGCUGGACUUUUCCCACGCUGCUCUUACUGAUCCAGUCGCUCAACUCACUGUGAAUCUCCAAACACUUGGGGGCUGGAAAACAAAAUAAUACGUCUGUAUUCUUUGACUUUGAAAAUGUACUAAAAGGAUUGUCUUGGUAUCAUUCCAUGUAUUUCAGAUGAUAGACACCUCUAAUACAGGUACAUAAAACUGUAAGAAACAGGUUAAAUUGUACAGGAUACCUUUAAAGCACUGUAAGAAAUGCAGAAGGCCUGGCAGGGAAAUAACACAUUGGUGUGUAUGGAGAUGACGCGUAGACCAACACAACAUCUCCUUGACGCCAGCCUUUGCCAAAAGUCAAAUUUCACACCGUAACAAAAACAACAAGGAAUCAAACAUUUUUGACUUUUCAAGUUUGACUUCAAGUGUCAGUGCUUGUAAUGUGCAUUCAAAAUAAGUAUGUCCAUAGCUGUAAGGACGUAUUUUAUAUGCUACACGCUAGCUUCAUGCUUUCCAAAGAGCUUCAUGCUCAGACAUAUAAUGCCAAAAGUUUAUACCUGAAAAACAUUGUGCCAAAUUAAAAAGUCAAUUAGGUGUGAAGGUGUUAGGACAAGUGAGAAGAAAAAAAGAUGAGGCUUGUAGUAUCUUCAUCUGCAUGCUAAGACACUGCCAGGCCUUGUCUUUAUUUUCACUUUCUUUAAGACACAUUUGAUUUUGGCACAAUGGGUUUUUUUUCUUGAAAAAAUAGAAAAAAACUUAGUUCUGUUGUAUUUUCUAGUGUGCAGGGAGCGCCUUAUUCCUAUUUCCAGUGAAGUUUACUCUUACUCAUCUGCAUCUAUACUAUAGUCAUUUUAGCACAGCAACUUUUCUCUGAUCCGAGGUAGAAUAUAGAAAUCUCAUGUACAAAAAGCAAUUAAAAACAGCAAACUAGCAAUGUAAUAUGAUUCAUGAGACAUAUCGAUGCUGUGUUAUUCAGUGUAUGUAACAACAGUGAGUGGGACACAAGUGGCAGAUGAGACAAUAAUGACUCUAUGACAAUGUUUCAGUUAUUUCAGAAGUGUAAAGACAGUGAAGUCAUCUCAAUACAUCUACAAUCAUACAGUUUCACAAGAGACAGACGUAAGAUGUUAAUGUUGCUGAUGACCAAGAUUUGUAAACAGCAAAGCCUUUCCUCAGCUGGUGCUGCCUUUGCUAUCAUGUGUUUAGUAGUUUGAUCUAUUUGUAGAUAAGUGAUGGUUCAAAUAUGUGAUUUUAACAUCAGUAGAAAAACAGAAACUCUGGAGUCUGAGAACAAACUGUGAAGUUUGUCAUACGCCGGCUCCACACGUAGUAAAUGGUGGUUAUAACUCGUUUGGUAUAUAUACUAUGGGACUCACUUGGGAAAAAAACAUCUUGAAUACCACAGCCUAUUGAAGUAGUUUCUAAUUAUGUCAAAAGAUUUACAACUAAAACUGAUACCUUAACAUGAGCUUGUAUGAAGAUUCAAUGAUAGGCACCACUAAUAUUCAGGAUUUUGUUCAUUCUUUUUUUCAUAAACAAGCAAAAUAACUUAUGGCAACUUAAAUACAGAACACAGAAUAGUAAAUAUUAUUGUACAACCACGCAAAUAAAUUUGCUGUACAUUUUGUGUAUGUUAUAUAUAUUUAAGAAAGGUUUAACUACAUUUCAGUUGGAAGCGUAUAACUAUGGAUACCAAUAAGAUGGUGUAGUCCCUCAUUCGUCCAGGAAUGUUCCAUCUCCUUCCUGAGGGCAGGGCUUAAGUAACACAGAUUAGUUUAAAUUUCUGAGUUCUCAGACCAUUUUUCACAAUUGAGAAUGACUUCCGGAUGGGAGCCGAAACAUCUUGAUUCUGAAAACAGUGUCCAGAUGACUACGAUUGAAACCUUUUCUACUAUGGAUACCAAUAUUAAUUAAGGCUGGCAUAGUUCUAUGUUUUAGUUAUUGUCAACAAAUCCCAUGAAAAAACUAAAACCAAUAAUGUGUCAAUAUUUUCAACUUCCCUUUACAGUCUGUGGCACUCAGCCCCAUGCCCAUUUGUUUCUAGUGGAGAUGUAAAUAUUUAAAAACACGAUAUAUUGUUUAAUUUUUAAAAAGGCUAAAUAAUUUUCUAACACAGCUGGGCACUGUAGUUUUUAGCAAAUGCCACUCAAACAGAAGUAAAUAGUGAAUCUCUUGGGGACUAUUUUCAGCAGCGGAUAAUACAUGCCGCACUGGUGAGUAUUUCCAGCAGCAGGACGGUGUGUGGGAUUGAUUCAAAAUAAACUACAGUGCCCAUGUUGAUUGUAAUGAAGGAACAUUUCACCCAGGGUAUCAGCGGGGCUCAUUGAUGUGCUUUUAAUAGUUAGAGGCUCUAUGGCACAGAGGAAUAAGCUAGAUCAAGCUUUUGCUACACAGGCAUUGUCGGUUUUGGUCUUUUCAUAGGAUUUGUUGACAAUAAGAAAAAUACAGAAUAUCACCACUCUUAUCCUUUAAAUAAAAGAUUUUCAUUCCCAAUGAAAAACUGUUUAAAAAAGUGAUACAUACGUCGCUUUCCAAAUGGUGUUCAAAAUUCAUCUGUAGUGACUGAUUCAUACAGUACAGUACAUAUGCUUUACAUUUCAGGAAGCUUCCUUACUCUUUUUAUUUUAAAAUGCCACAUAAUAGCUUCACUGCAGACGAUUUUUCCAGACAUUGUGUCCUCACUGCUGCUGUCCAGCAACAUCCGUAUGUGACAGAACCUUCUUGAUCACUACAGAAAUGAAAUGCCACCAAUUAAGAAACCUCUAUGGUAGACCUUCACCAAACACACACACACACACACUUCUUGUGUCAAUCACAGUCUGUUUCAUGUCACUUUGGUACUAAUGAAGGGUUUAGAGGGAGCAACUCAAACCGCUUGUGUGAUUUGAAUUUCAACCAAAUUACUUGACUGAAGUAACUUUAAUUGUCAGUGUUCUUGAAGACACACAGUAGACAGUAGGCCUAAAUGUUGUGCCAAAUGAUGUUCCCAUUGAAGUAAUCACAGGACACUGAGACCUCAAAACAUUGCCAACAAUGUGAGUGUCUUGAGUCUGGACAAUCACUAUUAAAGCACAGGAACAAGAGGAAAGGAGGAGGAAUACAGCUCGGUUGAAUGUUAUUAUGUAGUUGCUCUAAACAAAGCAUUUUAGAAAAUUGUAUUUAAGUAUCUAUUUGUAUCUGUCUUUUAUACAUUUAUCAUCAAUGUACGCUAUAGUAAAUUUGGUGGAUUACUUUAUAUUUAUUAGGUUACACUAUGAUGUACAGUUAAUAAACAGCGAUUCUCAUGCCAUAUUCUAAUAAAACAGUAAUGCCAAAAUGA